UGAUGGUGAUAAAUCCUUGAUUUAACUUCACAGUGGCCGUCUGUGAGUGCGCAUCGGGCAACAGCAGCUGCCAAGGGCGCUCUCAUUUUUUGCCUUAUAACUGCAAGCUGUCUCUCUUCGGAUGCUUAGGGAGUUGCCCAGCCAGGGAGGAAAGAGAGAAAAGAGAGAGAGAGAGACGGAGAGAGAGAGAGAGAGAGAGAGAGAGAGAGAGAGAGAGAGAGAGAGAGAGCACAACAACAACAAAAGAUUUCAGCACUGGAGCUGUCCAAGCCUCUUGAAGAAAUCUCUAUAGGAGCAGGGAGAGACGGUGCGUCCUGCUGUGAUUUUUUUUUUGGGGGUAGGACCGUGAGGGUAGGAGGAUUGAAAAUAAAUUUCUGUACCAGUCAUCUCUCUGCGGGCUCCGACUGGCGAGUAAAAGGCGCACAUACUUCAUUCAAGCGGAGUCUUGCAAUGCUGGACAGCUGGGUUUGAGGCAGCAUAAAGGAUAAGUCCCAAGUCGCGGUGAAUACCAGCCUUACCCUAAAGCCAUGGGCGUGCUAAUGUCAAAGAAACAACAGGUGGAGAAAGUUCAGAAAUGCAGCGCGGUAGUCUCUGCGUUCCAGCAGGGUCUGAAGGACCGUGCCGCCACAGCCAAACCGGCAGAUGGGUCGGUGGAGGGAGGAGAAGGACCUGCCGAAACUCCGGCCAGUUCUAAUGAGAAGAACAGCGAGCAGGUGGAGAAGGCAGACACGGACAACAAUGCGGGUCCCUCGACCUCCCAGCAGGCCUCAGCUCCAGCUAGGGAUGAGUGUAAGGUCAACCAGGAGGCUUGGUCAAGGUUACGGGACGGGAAGGGAGUGGAACCUGAGGAACUGGACAAGAGCCAUCAGCUCACACCCCCUGCUUUCGUGCGUCCCAAAAGGGAUCCGGAUGAUGACCAGCCUGUGGAGGUGGAGCUGGGCCAGAAAGAGCAGCCACCAAAUGAUGAGAUGUGCGACGUGUGUGAGGUGUGGACAGCCGAUGACCUGUACCCCUGCAGGAUCUGCACGCGGGUCUUCCAUGAUGGCUGCCUGAGGGAGUUGGGAUACCUGCGUGCCGAAGCCCUGCAGGAGAUGAGGGACACCGCCCACACUGUCACAGGCUGGAGCUGCUACUACUGUGAUAAUGUGAAUCUACUCCUAACAGAGGAAGAACUGUACAGCCUCAUGGAGACUUUUAAGCAGUGCAAGAUCAUUCCAGAGUCAUGCCUGGUCUCGGAUGAGCUGCUGCAGUACCGCCACUUUGUAUCCAAGCAGCAGUUUGAGAAGGACCUGACUGAUGAGCAGGAAGAGGAAGUCCUGGCCCAGUUUGCAGCACUAGAUCCUGAGAAGAAGGGUCAGAUCGAAUGGUCUGACUUCCUCUACUUUGAGUCUCUGGUCGUGCUAAGGAAGUUACGUACAGAGAACUCAAUGGUGCGUCUGUUGACUGCCAAGGAGAGGGACAAUGCGCGGUCAGUGUUUCUGGGUCUGGACCUGGACAAAGAUGGUGUUAUCACAGGAGCAGAAGCCCGCCAAGCACAACAGACGUGGUUUCACAAGCUCAAUAAAGACACCCAAUCCUGCAAUGUAAGACUCAUGGGACUGUGCGCUCCUAUGAAUUGUGGUAUAAGCCAUGUGGGCCCCAUGUGUGAGAGCAGUCCAGCCAGUUCUGGCAGUGAAAGGAGCAAGUGCGAUGACAACAGGCCGGUGACCUGGGCAGACUUUCUAAAGGAGAGUGCCAUCUAUAUUCUGGCUGCCCGGCCCAAUAGCUCUGCCCUGCACAUCCGUCUGCCGCUAUAGUCCCCAGGGUCCUGCUCUGGACCCAGCAGAGAGAGAGAGAGGGAGGCAAGGUGUCCCUUAUGUCCUGUGGAUGAGAGGAGGAAGACAGAAAACAUGACAUCGUAAGGAAAGGAACUAAGCGGACUGGAUGAAGUGUAUCAUUCAGAGACAGCAGAUCAAGCCAUCGACAGAAUCUCUCCUCCGCUGUGUCACCUCAAUACCCGACACUGACAACACACAUCGACUGACAUACCGACGAAACAAGUGACAGCUGUCUGACGAGUCCCGACUGAAAAACCUGAUGGUUCCAGGCAAAUGUGAGAGAUAGGACAAGGAGGACAACCUCGCACUCACAAGUAGUCAGUCAGUGAUAUUUUGAAGGCUUUGAGUGUACAGAUCAUGCACACAUUCAGAUGAAAUCCUAGGAUGCUCACACUCCCUUUAAAAGACAAAUACUAGGCUCCGUUCCUCCUGUACCUCUCCACGGAUGAAGCAGUUACAUUAGUCACAUUAGUGUGACAGGCUGUUACUCUUUCAAUUAUUCAUUGGUUUGUUUGGACUCCAUCACAUCCUAAUAAGUCCAUGCUAUUCUAAUGGGAUUGUGUUGUUUGCCAUUGAAAUUGUUAAUCAUACUAAAGAGAGGCACAUGCAACAUUCAUUAUUGGUACUAUUUGAUGAGUGGAUAGGCUUCUGGGAGGACAAUUAAGCCUGCGACUGCCAUUAUCAGCACAUAUACCAAACAGGAAUGGAAGCUAUCUGCGUACGUAAUAUUAUAUGAGACCUGCUAUUCAUACAAGUAUAAAUGAAAUAAAUUAUUAUGCAUUACAAAGCUGUAUUUAUUCCUGUAUUCUCUGAACUAUCCUGUUUCCCCCAUUCUCAUCCAAGAAUUUGUGUUCGUAUCAAGUACUAACUGUGACAAAGGAUGUGAACGUUCAUGAAAGCUAACCCACUAACUGACUUGUAUAUACCGCCAUAAAGUACAUUUUGUUCCUGUUGUGCUCCCAAAACUGCACUUUGACAAGGUGGAAACAUUCUGCUACUGUUCUAGUGUCAUUAUUUGCACUGUAGGAAUGAGAUAUGGUUGGACUACUGUAUGUGUGAAGUAAUCACUGUAAUGAAAUACUGAGAGAAAAUGGGCAGAGACGUGGCCCACACAUUUGUCCUUCAUUAAUUUGCAUAAGCACUGCUUUAGAAUUGUUAUGGAAAACAUAGUGGCAUUUAUUCUAUAAUAUUGCAGUUCAUGCAACAACUUAAUUGCACAUGAAACUGCCUCUUUCAUAGCAUCACUAGAAACAUUGCAUUGAUUUAUGAAAUAUCAAUGGGCCUAACAAGUAGGGUAUUAUGUAGUGUUUAUGCCAUGCAAUGAAGGUUUUAUGACGGGUCCUUUAACUGGAAAACGUAUGGAAAUGACAUGAAAUCUGAAGGGAAUAUGUGACAGUGCUGAAAUAAAUGCAUGGCAUUUACUGUCCUUCUUGACAA